AUGGCUUCUGGGACAAGGAAGAGAUAUGCUCUCGACCUUGACGAUAUAAUGUCCUUUCCUAAUGCUGACACUUUGCCUGUAUUCCCACCAAAAGAAGGGGAGAGCUGGAUAAUGCUUAUGGAGAUCACUGCAGACAGAUCUCUCUUGCGUCCAGUAUAUGCAGUAAGAGAUGUUACUCAAGCCAAAUUCCUCGUCGCUCUGCAUACACCCAACCCGAGAGAGGAUGCCCAGAACUUUAAAGUUGGCCACACGCUUUGCAUCACUGCGACCAGAGCACGUCCUCCUCAGUACUUGGGUGGUCACGGGCAGAUUGGGUACAGGAUUGAGGAUCCCAGCACAAUUCAGAUUCUCCCUGUAUCGCUCGCUGGGCUCUGGGAAAUCAACGCAUCACUUAAGGAACGUAGCGAUAGAGGCAAUCUUCUCAAAUGCAACCUUUGUAAUUCCACAUGCAAGUCGGGUUGCGGUACCUGCAAAGCACGCUACUGCUCAAAGGAAUGCCAAAGAAGUGAUUGGCCACAACACAAGAGAAAAUGUGUUGUUAUGAGGGCGUUACAUGGGUGGAAUAGGACUGAUUUCGGCUAG